CGUACGUCGUUGUCGUCGUCGUCGUCGUCGUCGUCAUCUUCGCUGUGAUCCAAAACUUUACAAACCGCCGCCGCGCCGGGGCCAUAUUCAUCGACAAGUUGACGAUGGCUGAUUAUCAAUAUGGAUUGUCUAAUAUCCAGGACAAUCAUAUUCUGCAUCAAGUUAUUGCUAAACGAAGAAAAAUGUGCGAAGCCGUAAUAGACGACCCACCAAUGCCCGACACUGAUGCUUGGUGUCCAGGAGAAUUUGAUGGCUGGACGUGUAUUAAUCGGACAAAGGCUGGUGAAAUAGCAAAAUUUCCAUGUCCUUAUUUUAUUUUGGGGUUCGAUACAAAACGGUUCGGACAGAAAACGUGCCUACCAGACGGCUCGUGGUUCAAACAUCCGGACAGCAACAAGACGUGGUCCAAUUACACUACGUGCGUCGAUCUGGAUGAUCUUAAGUUGAGGAAUCAAGUGAACAUGAUCUACAAAUGGGGCUACACCGUGUCGCUGGCCGCUCUGGCGGUUUCCAUAUUCAUAUUCUUUUAUUUCAGGAGCCUCACGUGCACUAGGAUACAGAUACACAAGAAUCUGUUCAUAUCGUUGGCCGUCAAUAAUUGUCUAUGGUUGGUGUGGUACGAAGCGGUUGUCGACAAUUUGCCGGUGCUGAUGACGAACGGGCUGGGAUGCAAACUGCUGCACGUCCUGGUCCAGUACUUUCUGGUGGCCACGUACUUUUGGAUGUUUUGCGAAGGUCUGUACUUGCACACGUUGCUGGUGGUCACGUUCCUCACCGAGUCCAAAGUGAUGCCUUUCCUGCACACGAUUGGCUGGGGCAUACCGGCACUGUUGGUGUCCACGUAUGCGGCUCUCCGGACUGCCACUCCCGGCGAGACUUUACAUUGCUGGAUUCACGAAUCUCUUUACUCGUGGAUACUCUCGGGUCCGGUGUGUCUGUCGAUGUUGGCCAACCUCGUGUUUCUGAUCAACAUUGUCAGACUUCUGUUGGUCAAGUUGCACGCCCGACAGAUAACCAUGUCCAGUCCGAAACACGUGCCGCCCAGGGAACGGGCUCAGUCAUUCAGCCUCCGGAGCUUUAAACGGAACAACUGCAGUGUGGACAGCUACGACAAGGCGCCAGCGUCGUCGAGUAGGACCGGCAAGGCGGUCCGGGCCACGCUCAUCCUGAUACCAUUACUCGGGCUCCAGUACAUCGUGACGCCGUUCCGACCGGAACCCGGAACUUCCUGGGAGCCCGUGUACCAGGUCACAUCCGCUGUGGUCGCCUCGUGCCAGGGCUUGUGCGUGGCACUGUUGUUUUGCUUCUGCAACGGAGAGGUACUAUCCGAAAUGAAGAAACGGUGGAAACACUGCUGGAUCAACAAGAACGGAUCGUGGAAUCCUUGCAUGAGAGGUACAUCUGUCUCCUCGCCUCAACACCACCCUCGGCUAUUGGUGACCGAAGAUCAGCAGACCCAGGUGACCACAACAACUUGUUUUCUCGUUUAAUUUAUAUUUACUAUAAUGUGUAUUUAUAAUAUUCAAAUCAUUUGCAAAGAAAUAAGUUUUCAAAAACGAGUAAAAGAAUUACCGUUUUAUAAUA